CCACGAUGUUUUUGGUUUAUUUGUCAAUUUUGUUUAUUUCCUUUGGUAAAAUCAAGGCUGCGUCAGAUUGCCAACAAAAUGCACAACAAAACUGCAACUGCACCUUUUCGGAGGAAAGCGUGUUUGACACGAGAUCAGAAAUCAUGGCGGCAUCCAUUGGAGCAAUGUCACCCCUUCUUCUAACCGGAAUCGGCUUUGCAAUUUGGAAGUAUAUCCAAAGCAAAGCUCAAGACAUCCCAUUUGAGCGAGCACCAUCGGACAUCUCUGAUGAUUAUUAUGAACAGAAGCGCGGAUCAAAGGGAAGAGUUAGUCCGUUAGGGUCAGAUUAUAACUACGCCCGCCGUGGAUCCACACCACUUUCUAUUACGGACACAGAAAACGAGUAUUACAUCUCCGAAACUCCCACCUCGGAAACACCAUUGUCAGAGAUGAAUCAGGACGAAAGAUGGAGGGCACCUACCAGAGCACAGCCGCCAUCAAACAAUGGCCGCGUAGUUGUCGCGCCAGCUAAAUCUGACGCUCUCAAUGGAUGGAUGUUCUAAAAAAAAAAGUGAAGCGUUGUCGGUAUUCUCUCUUGAAGCAUAAUGUUUUAAUUUUUAAAAAAUCCUAUGCUUUAUUUCAAAGUAUUAAGAUGAAAUCAAAACAUGUGAAAGUUAAAUAUGUGACACUUUAUUUUGACAACCCUUUGAAAAUGAAUCGUAAAAAUAGGUGGCUCUUAGAUUCUA